GGUGGUUAGGAAACCCGGAAUUCAGAUGCUGGCUGAUGGUGGCUGACUGAAAACCGACUUCCAGAUUUCUUACUCUUCCUCAAGGGCCCUCAUCACUCGCUACCUAGAGGCCAGGUCUCUAACCUUACUGUAUUAAAGGAUGACUUGCCUUCUUCCUGCAGCCCAGAGACUUCCUGCAGGGUUUCUCUUCUUAGUGCUUUGGGGCUCAGUUCUAGGUGGCAAGCUGCUGGUGGUCCCCCAGGAUGGAAGCCACUGGCUUAGCAUGAAGGACAUAGUGGAACAUCUCAGUGAACGGGGACAUGAUAUUGUGGUGCUAGUGCCAGAAGUCAACUUGCUUUUGGGAGAAUCCAGAUACUACAGGAGGAAAAGCUUCCCAGUUCCCUAUGACCUAGAAGAGCUGCAGAGCCGUUUUCGCUCCUUUGGAAACAACCACUUUGUUCCCAGUUUCCCCCUGAUGGCUCCUCUAAAAGAGUACAGGAACAACAUGGUUAUCAUCGAUUUGUGCUUUUUCAGCUGCCAGAGCCUCCUGAAGGACUCUGCCACCCUCAGCUUCCUCAGGGAGAACCAGUUUGAUGCCCUGUUCACAGACCCGGCCAUGCCCUGUGGUGUGAUCCUGGCUGAGUAUCUCAACCUGCCCUCUGUCUACCUCUUCAGAGGUUUCCCAAGCUCUCUGGAGCACAUGCUUGGUCAAAGCCCAAGUCCCGUGUCCUAUGUUCCCAGAUUCUACACCAAAUUCUCAGACCACAUGACGUUUCCCCAGCGGCUGGCCAACUUCAUUGCUAGCAUCUUGGACAACUACCUAUAUUAUUGUCUGUAUUCAAAGUAUGAAACCAUUGCCUCAGACCUCCUCAAGAGAGAUGUGUCCCUACCUGCCUUACACCAGAACUCUCUGUGGCUGUUACGGUAUGAUUUUGUGUUCGAAUACCCGCGGCCAGUCAUGCCCAACAUGAUCUUCAUUGGAGGGAUCAACUGCAAGAGGAAGGGAGAGCUGUCUCAGCUCAUUUAUGUAGAAUGUAUCAGCAUUUCACUUUUGUGGCUGACCACUCUAGCUGCUCCUCCACGACUUUUAAGAACAGUGCAGGGCUGUGCCACCCCACCUUCUGUAAUUCCCUCCGUGCUGAGGAAGAAGCUGCAGCAGGAACCAUUGGGAAUCACAGUCCUCUUGCAGGCCUUAGAGACUCAAGUUGCAUCUCUUGGCCCUGGUGUGAAGAUGUUUUCUGGAAUGUUUCCAGCAACCAGCACCCUCACUUCUUUCCUCUGGUUCCCCACAGCCUUUUAUUCUUCUCCGGUGUAG